GGCGAUCAGGCUGUGCUGCGGGCAGCCGGGGGGAAAGCCGGGAAGAUGGCGGCCUCCUGGAAGCUGGGCUGUGACCCUCCGCUUCUUCGUUACCUUCUUGGCCUCGGCUGCCGUCGAAGCAUGGGGAUGGCCGGGGCCGCUGCCGGGUGGUCUGUCGGCCGUGGAGCUAGCUGGAGAUGGUUUCACAGCAGUCACUGGCUGCGGGUUGAUCCUAUUAAGGUUCUAAUGCCAUCUCUGUCACCUACAAUGGAAGAGGGAAACAUUGUCAAAUGGCUGAAAAAGGAAGGUGAAGCUGUGAGUGCUGGAGAUGCAUUAUGUGAAAUUGAGACUGACAAAGCUGUGGUUACCUUAGAUGCAAGUGAUGACGGCAUCUUGGCCAAAAUAGUGGUUGAAGAGGGAAUUAAAAACAUACGACUAGGUUCACUAAUUGGUUUGAUGGUUGAAGAAGGACAAGAUUGGAAACAAGUUGAAAUUCCCAAAGAUGUAGGUCCUCCACCAUCAGUUUCAAAACCAUCAGUGCCUCACCCCUCAUCAGAACCACAGAUUUCUCUCCCUGUUAAGAAGGAACACACAGCAGGGACACCGCAGUUCCGUUUAAGUCCAGCUGCUCGAAAUAUUCUGGAGAAACAUGCACUGAAUGCUAGCCAGGGUACAGCUACUGGCCCUCGGGGGAUAUUCACUAAAGAAGAUGCUCUCAACCUGGUCCAGUUGAAACAGACGGGCAAGAUUACUGAAUCCAGACCAGCCCCAGCUCCUCCAACCACUCCCAUAGCACCUUUGCCCCCAAAAGCCACACCUGGACCAUCUUAUCCCCGGCCAAUGAUCCCAGCAGUAUCAAUUCCUGGACAACCCAAUGCUGUGGGCACAUUCACUGAAAUUCCUGCUAGCAAUAUACGAAGAGUUAUUGCCAAGAGGUUAACUGAAUCUAAAAGUACUGUACCUCAUGCAUAUGCUACUGCUGAUUGUGACCUUGGAGCAGUUUUAAAAGUUAGACAAGAUCUGGUCAAAGAUGACAUUAAAGUGUCAGUAAAUGACUUUAUCAUCAAGGCAGCAGCUGUUACUCUUAAACAAAUGCCAGGAGUAAAUGUAAGCUGGGAUGGAGAGGGCCCGAAGCAACUGCCCUCUAUUGACAUUUCAGUGGCUGUGGCAACAGAUAAAGGUUUGAUUACACCAAUCAUAAAAGAUGCUGCUGCUAAAGGUAUACAGGAAAUUGCUGACUCUGUAAAGGCAUUAUCAAAGAAAGCAAGAGAUGGAAAAUUGUUACCUGAAGAAUACCAAGGAGGAUCUUUUAGUAUUUCCAACCUGGGGAUGUUCGGCAUCGAUGAAUUCACUGCAGUGAUCAACCCUCCACAGGCCUGCAUUUUGGCUGUUGGGAGAUUCCGACCUGUCCUCAAGCUCACUGAAGAUGAAGAGGGGAAUGCCAAACUGCAGCAGCACCAACUCAUAACAGUCACAAUGUCAAGUGACAGUCGAGUGGUCGAUGACGAACUGGCUACCAAGUUUCUAGAAAGUUUUAAAGCAAACCUAGAGAAUCCUAUCCGGCUUGCCUAAUCCUCUAAAUCAAGAGGCUAAUUGAAUAGCUUUUACCAAGAAAAUAAUUAAGUAUUUAAGUAUGAAAGAACGUAAAUGUUAUUUAUUUAAGGGGAAAGCAUUUGAUCCAAGUUGUCUUUAUUUUCAAUUUGGGUUUAUUGUUGUAGAAAUAAGUAGAGAUAAACUGUUCCUAAUAAAGAAAAAAGAACAUUACUUAGCCAGAUCCAUUUUUAACCUCUGGUGCUGUACAGAAGGGGUAUUAAACUAGGUAAAAAUCAUAGUUUACGUUUGGCUCAUUUGAACAUUUUGGGAUAUUUUAGAAUGUACAAUAUGUUGUACAUUCGAAAAUAACAUUCUGCCUUAGUUGUGUUGGAGUUAGAAGUAGUCUUCAAAGAGAUUUCUGCUGAGUUAGCAGUGGGACCUCUUUUUUUACAAAACACUGAUGUAGAUAUACUUGAACAAUUUAAUAUGUACAGAAGUUUAUUCUGCAUAGUAGUAAAUAAAUAAGGAUCACACUGUAUCAGGGGUUGUGGCAACAUUAUUAAAUUUUUGAUGUAUAUAAAGCCGUAAGUGUUUUAGCCAUAUAUGUUUCUAUCAGUCUUAUUUUUCACUUCUGUAACACUGUGAACUUUUAAGAAGAUAAAAGGCACAAAAAUGGAGAAAGAGAAACUAAAAAAGUUGGUUGAUUCAGUGAAAGACCUUUCUUCAUUUAAACUUUCAUAAGUAAAUGCUCACCUUCAUGCUGAGUUGAAAUAUAUUUAAAUAAAUUGUUGUCUCCUACCAUACACUUUAAGUUAAUAUUGACUUAAACAUAAAUAUUGUUUCUUAGUACAUUUUAAUCAAGUUUGUAUUGUGCAAUAAAAUGUGAGAAAGUAUAAAAAUUUCUAUUUUACUUUGAAUAUUAGGACAGAAGUCUAAGUAAAACCUUGAAGUAGACUAGUAAGUUCUCAGGAACAUAUUAAAAGGAACUCUACAGGAGGAAAGGAGGAAUUGAAAUAGAAUAAUAUUAGAAAAGUAGCUGAUAAGGAAUGUUAAACUUUGGAAGGAGUAGAAGAGAAUAUUCAAGAAGAACAGAUGCAUUAUCAAUGUUAGAAGAGCUUCUCUGGUUUGGCAACUCUGCUAUGCUGGUGAGAUAACUGUAUUUAAAUUGGAUGGUAAUGAAUGGUAAUUUAAUUCACCAGUCACAGAAAGGCUCCCACUAGUAUCUACUGGCAUAAAUCACCAGAAGAAAGACUGUAUGGUACAAGUUACAUUAGGUAUGACAUGAUGAACUAUUAAGACCUAACAGAAGAGUCUUCUAAAAUAAUUAGUGCCUCAGUGUAUCAAUUGCUAAGAAAAUCCCUAAUUUAGUUACUCAAUUUUAAUAGCCAUUUUUAAAAAUAGUCUUUGAAACUUUUGUCAUAUUAACUUUCUGAAAUUUGUAACCAAAUGCAAUUUUCAAAAUAACUUUUAUAAAUUACAUUAUUUUCAAGGUCAGUUUUUUGUCAUCGUUGGUUUGGUGUGGCAUUUUGUUGGUACUGGGGAUAUGACCUAUGGGUGCUUUACCACUGAGCCACAUCCCCAGCUCUUUUUGUGUUUCUGAUUGUUUGUUGAGACAAGGUCUUGCCAAGUUGCUGAGGCUGGCCUUGACCUUGCAAUCAUUUUGUCUCAGCCUCCUGAGUCAAUGGAAUUACAGGCAUGUGCCACUGCACCCAGCUCCAGAGUCAGUUUUGCGGAAAUUAUUUGGAGGGAUUAUUUUUUUUUCCUGGUUGUUUUGAGCAUUAGAGCAUGAAACAGCCGUAAAUAAUCUUUGACUUGGAGUUCUGUUUUCCAUGGACUAAUGUCCAUAAACAGCGUGUAUCAUUUCCCUGUAGUUGAGAUGGGUGGUGAUGCCCAGCUCAACCUGUCUUGUAGAACUAUUGUGAACUGCACACACAUGUGGUGUCAGGUGAAGACAUUUUAAUUCUUUGUGGACAACACAGCUGGUCUGAUUUAGUUCUAAUAUAGGUAUCACACAGCAAGGAUAGGGCUGGGAAUGUAGCCCAGGGGUAGAGCAUUAGCUUAGUACCCAUGAGGCCCUGGGUUCAAUCCCUGGCACUGCAAAAACAAAAGCAAAACACAGAAAAGAUAGAAAAAUGAAAUGCUGUAACUGUCUUCCUUGUUUCCUAGUUAAACAGGAAAUGACUAAGAUAUUUCUAAGGAAAAGCCACACACAUUCCAGCUAACACUUAGGCAUGAAAAUACCCAUGAUUAUUGGGAUUUAUAAGUCUGCUUCUCCCUAAUUGCAAUUUCUAGUUAAUAUUUUUUUAUUCAUUGUUUUGUGCUAGAUUAAAAUCAUAUGAAUCCUGCUGACCAGACUUUUACUUAAAACAUGACCAAGACAUUUGUAUGUACCAUUAGAAGGUAUUUUAUAAAAUGUCAAAUGGAACUUCUAUUUUUAGAUUAUCUUCUUUUUUAAGCUUUGGACUUAAUUUCACAAUAAAUUGUAUAGACCAGCUAUGUGGCCAUUAUGUGGAAAGUAAACCUUGUUUUCUACUAUUUCAUUGACAGAUAGGUGGUGCUGUGAGUUAAUGUAUAUUAUAGUGAGAAUAUGCAAGAAGAAUUAAAAUGGCACUUAAAUCUUAGUUCCCAAGGAAAAUGUGUCCUCAUUACACAUUGCAUCCUGAUGGGCUUUGUCUCAGGUAAAGCAAAAUGAAAGAAUCAAGUGUGCUCUGGGUAAGAAUUAGCCAUUAAUUUAAACACGAUGUUUUUAAUGGGAAGCUUUGGAUUUUUGAAGGAGGAAGUAACAAUUCAGAGUUAAAAAUUUUUCAAGAUUCAUUCAGCCUUAAUAUGCAAUUUUUGUAAAAAUGGGGAGAGGACACCAGUCAGCAGGAAUCUGCUAGAAGUUUUUGCUCUAGUGAAAGCAGUCACUGAUUAAGAUCUGCUAUAGGUCAGUGUCUUUAAAGAGGGAUGCUGUGGUGUGCUGUGAACACAUGGGCUGGGUGUAUUUGAUCAGACAGUACAGCAGCAGUGGUGUCCUUUCCUGUCCAAAGCACAGCCCCCCUUGGCUCACAUUUGCCAAUAUCAAAAAGAGUAAGCUGAUAAGUUACGUAUAGCAGAUGAUAUUUCAGUUGACAUUUAAACUUUUUGUCAUUAGAAAAAGCAAUCGUUUUUUUCAAUGAAGUCAUUUUAAAUAGUUGGGGGUUUUUUAAUUUUUUUCUAGUGUCUAAUGGUGUUGGGAGAUGGAAACAGGGCUAGAGGGAAAGUAUGAUUUGUCUACUAUUACAAUAUUGAAGACACCAUUUAAUUGAAAUUAUAAGAUAGUAUACAGAUGCAUUUUGAAAUAUAACUAUUAGCCUCUUUCAGUAGCGGCUUUUUUUGUUUCUUUGAUUAUAUAAAGUUUAACAUUAUACUUGAUAUCAUUGCCUCAUCAUCAGCCUGCUAAGGAAUGCUAUGUAUCAGGAGAUACAGGAUAGUAAUAAAUUAUCAUCAUUCCCAAUAGAACUACUUACUUAAAUCUUAAGAUUUUCUUUUCUUCCCAAGUUUGUAUACUCAUAAAUCAAGAGGAUUUUAAUUUCAGCUUUAUCUAUAAAUUGCUGUGCUCUUGGCAAAAAAACUUAUUUCUGUAUUUUGACCUAUAAAAUGAAGAUACAAGGAAGAGUCAUUGUACUGGUAGCUUAUCCUGUUUAAUUGCCUCCAUUCUAUGUGGGAAGUAUAUUCUGUUUUGCAAUGAUACACCUCCUUCAUAGAAUGUCAGAGAUUACACACACAUACUCGGAGGUUACACAAAUGGGCCAAAGCUCACAGGUUCCACAACUGGGGUUUGAGUUCAGUUCUAUGGUACAAAAGGUCAAAUUGCCAUGCUGCAAAAUGUUUCUUUCUGAGCUGUGAUACUGCAGGUGAGAUGGUUCUACUGAAGGUCUUGUUCUUCAGUGAUAACACUAGUAUGUUUAUUACAUGACCACACCUUCAUAUUUUCUUUCUCUUUCUGAUGAAAGUAUAUAAGAAGUACUAAGGGGUUUUUGUUGUUUUCAUUAUAAACAACUACUAUUAAUCUGAAAUGCUAAAGUUAAGUGCUUUGACUCACACUCUUUUUUUUUCUAUUUUUUUUUUAAGUUGUCGAUGGUCCUUUAUUUUAUUUUACAUGCAGUGCCUGGAAUCGAACCCAGUGCCUCACACAUACUAGGCAAGUGCUCUACCACUGAGCCACAACCCCAGCCCCUUAUACUUUUAAUGGAAGGCUUAGAAAAAUAGAAGCUAAAAAAAAAAUGAGUGUUAUAAUGCCUGUAAGAAUAAAUAUAUAGAACAUUUUAUCUUUUGUAAAUAGUUUUGAAUCUGGUCCAAGUUCAAAGCUAAAAGUUAACUUAUCUUUUAUUUCAGAGAUUCCAGGCUUCUAUUAACUGUCAGCAUCCUCUCAAUCAGGACCAAUGGGUGAUGGCAGAGAAGUUCAUUGGGUUGCCUAGGCCAGAUUUGUCCAUGAUCACCAAGCAAACAGGGAGCCAGUCUCCAGGACACAAGGAACCCUCAGCUGGUGUACUGGAAUUUGGAUGCCACUGAGGGUGGGAGUCUGGAACACAUGGUGUCUAUGUUAGGGACAUGGGAAGGUGAUCCUCACACCAACUGAGGCUGCCAUUCUGUACUCAAAGUAGGGCCAGAUCAUCACUAGGUGUUCUACAGCUGCUGACCAGCUAUGCAUGAGCAGAACUAUCAGUGUCUUCCACUGAGGAAGCUGAACAGUGUGCUUGCUGUAAAGGAGAAAUGUUUUUUAAAAUGGUCUUUAUUGUAGUAGAACUGGCCUCAAAGGGUAUUUUUUAAUCUUCAAGAAAUUAAGUUAAUAACUGGCACAAGAGAUUGUGAGAACAUGGGAAGUAAAGUGUACAUUUCAUUAUUUAGAAUAAGAAGAAAUGUUAAGACAUUUUGUAUAGCAAACCAUGGUAGACCUCUUUUGUGGGUAGAAAUCUGUCCAGUUACAGGUAUUCAGAAAAUAUUGUCACUCCAUUUCAAAUAAAUUACCUGAUUCGCUGGAAGAGACAUUUAUUUUUAAAUAAAAUAUUGAAAGAUAUUCAUUCAACAAUUGUGAACACCUAUUAUACAUAGCUAAGAGCCCUUAACUGCAAUUGGCCUAAACUAGAUAAAGGAUAUUUAUGUGCCUGAAUACAUUUCAACAAUAGACUUCACAGAGGAGGUGACAUUUUUCAAUUCCUUUUAUUUUUUAAAUACAUGAUAGCGGAAUGCAUCACAAUUCUUAUUACACAUAUAGAACACAUUUUUUAUAUCUCUGUAUAUAAAGUAUGUUCACACCAAUUUGUGUCUUCAUACAUGUACUUUGGAUAAUGAUGUCCAUCACAUUCCACCAUCAUUGCUAACCCCCGGCCCCUCCCUUCUCCUCCCCCUCCAUGCCCUAUCUAGAGUUCCUCUAUUCUUCCUAUACUCCCUCUCCUUACCCCACUAUGAGUCAGUCACCUUAUAUCAGAAAACAUGCCAUUUGUUUUUUGGGGGGAUUGGCUAACUUCACUUAGCAUUAUCUUCUCCAACUGCAUCCAUUUACCUGCAAAUGCCAUGAUUUUAUUCUCUUUUAUUGCUGAAUAAUAUUCCAUUGUGUAUAUAUACCACAGUUUCUUUGUCCAUUCAUUUACUGAAAGUCAACUAGGUUGGUUCUACAGUUUAGCUAUUGUGAAUUGUGCUGCUAUAAACAUUGAUGUGGCUGUGUCCCUGUAGUAUGCUGGGAGAGGGAUAGCUGGGUUAAAUGGUGGUUCCAUUCCAAGUUUUCCAAGGAAUCUCUAUACUGCUUUCCAUAUUGGCUGCACCAGUUUGCAGUCCCACCAGCAAUGUGUGACUGUACCUUUUUCCCUACAUCCGCACCAACACUCACUAUUGUUUGUCUUCAUAAUAGCUGCCAUUCUGACUGGAGUGAGAUGGUAUCUUGGAGUAGUUUUGAUUUGCAUUUCUCUAAUUGCUAGAUAUGAUGAACAUUUUUUCAUAUAUUUCUUGAUUGAUUGUAUAUCCUCUUUUGAGAAGUGUCUAUUCAUGUCCUUGGCCCAUUUACUGAUUGGAUUAUUUGUUUUUCUAGUGUUUAGCUUUUUGAAUUCUUUAUAUCCCCUAGAGAUUAGUGCUCUAUCUGAUGUGUAAGGGGUAAAAAUUUGCUCCCAAGAUGUAGAGAAGGUAACAUUUUUAACCAUGUUUUUAAAUUGCUAUUAAAACCAACUCCCAUCCUA